AAAGUUCUGGGAGAUCCUGGACCAGCACGUGCUGACUGCUCCUGCUAGGCUGCACCCCGAAGGUUUUAAAACAUGAAUCCUUCUCUCUUCUUCAUUGCCCUUUACUAAAGCUUCAGAUGCUCCAAAACUUGAUGGAAGUUUAGAGGCACAAUAGCACCGAGGGAAGGCAACACACAGUAAGCUACCUGGCUCGAAUGAAGAAGGACGAAGGAGUACAGUGCGGGAGACGAAUAUGAAAAUGAUUGACCUGCACAACCAAGAAUACAACCUAGGGAGACAGAGCUUCACCUUGGCAAUGAACGCUUUUGGUGACAUGACCAACCAAGAACUCAUGCAGGUGAUGAAUGGCCAUCAAAACCAGAGAAGCACAAGAAAAGGGCAGAUGUUCCGGAAAACUGGCAAACUUAUCUCAUUGAGGGAACAGAACUUUAUGGACUGCUCUCAGGCUCAAGGCAAUGAAGGUUGCAAUGGUGGCCUAAUGGAUAAUGCCUGUAUUAAGUCCAACAGAGGCCUGCCCUCAGAGGAGUCCUAUCCAUAUAAUCCAAAGGUUGGACCCUGCAAAUACAGGUCCAAAGAUUCUGUUGCCAAUGACACUGGCUUCAUGAACAUACCUGAGCAGGAGAGUGCCUUCAUGAAGGCAGUGGCAAUGGUGGGGCCCAUCUUUGUUGCUAUAGAUGCAAGCCAUCCUAGCUUCCAGUUCUAUGAAGGUGGCAUUUAUUAUGAGCAGCACUGCAGCAGCAUAGAUCUAGAUCAUGGCAUUCUGGUGGUUGGCUAUGGCUUUGAAGGAGAAGAAUCAAGUAACAAUAAAUACUGGAUUGUCAAGAACAUUUGUAAAGCUUGGGGCAAGAACAGCUACAGAAAGAUGGCCAAAGGCCGGAACAACCACUGUGGAAUCGCCACCGCGGCCAGCUCUCCUCCUGUGUGAGAUGAUGCUGAUAAAGAAAGCACCGAUUGAGAACAGGCUAUCCAGAGGAAGAACUUUUAUCUGAAAACUGACCACAUUUUUCUUAAUGGGAUACAACACUUGAAUCUUGACGAUCCAAACUGUGAUUUGAAUGCUGUGAUGUUUUACAUUGGUAAAAUGUUACCACUUCUUUUAUAA